AUGAUGUUGGACUUGUAUGAGAACAACAUUCGUCCUCAUUACGGGAACAAUCAGAAGAAAACAACGGCAAAGAAGUACGCGACUCUUUACGAAAUCAAUGACGGCCGUGCGCCAGACAACAACGCUGCUCUCUUUGGAUACAAGAAGAGAAAGCAAGAAGUAGUAAUCAUUGGUGAUGAGGAGAAUGGCAAGCGUAAGAAGGCCAAGAAACUAGAAACUCGCGGUGCUGAUUUGAGCGCUGCGAUCAACGAACAUUUGGAUAAGGUUAUCGAAAUAGAGCAGAAUUGUCCAAAGAUUGACGACAUUGCAGAUGGCAAUAUCAGCGAUGAGAGAUUCUUCCUUGAACUACUCUCAGAUAGUGAUGGUGAAAACGAUAAAGUAGACGACAGAUAUCAUAGAACCGAGAAUCUAGAAAACGACAUUAAGGAUAUGUUUAAAGGUGCUGGUGUUUCUGUCGAAGAUGUUGUUGUCAACUCUGAUGAGAGCUUCGAAUCGUCUGUUAUUGAUCUUGUAUCUUCCACUUCGUCCUCUUCUUUUUCUUCUUCCUCUUCUUCCUGUUCUUCCUCUUCGCCAAUAAUGGAGACCAAGUCUGAGCCUACUGCAUCUAAGAUGAGAGCACCAACUGAUUCUGAUUUCUCGUUGUCUUCGUCUUCCUCGAACUUACCCUGUCUUGCAAGUAAUGACAAGCACAUUGAUUCUAUUAUACAAAGCAUUCAAAAGUCCACAUCUGCUACUAUAAUAGAUCUUUUUUCCUCUCCUCCAAUGCUCCCUGAGAUUUUGGCAUCAGUAGCAAUUGAACCUAUUGCAAGCAGUUCAACCACAACAGCAGAUCAACCUUCGCUUGAGAACGACUCAUCUACCGCUGCUGGCUUCCUGUUGCCACAAAAAAGAACAUCUCUCUUGCAGAAAUAUCAGUGGCUCGUGAAAGAUUAUCAAAAUAACCAUCCAGACAGCCACCCAUCUCUGCCCGUUCCCACCUACAUAGUGUCAAACGAAAGUAACUCCUGCUUCAUCGAUGCGUUUAUUGAGCUUCUGUUCAAUGCUGUCCUUCCAUUUGUGGAUAUGUCUUUCGCUGAUGAAAACAACGCCUAUGAUUGUCUUCUCAUGAAUGCUUUUGAAUCAUAUUCUCAGCAAUCACCUUCUGGUAUCCGUGCUGCUACUUCUACUGUGAGGCACUUUAUUUGA